UCCCUCCCUCCCCGGGCGCGCUCGGGCCGCCGGCUGCGCUCCCCGCCCUCGAGCCGCGGAGCCGGAGCCGCCCGGCGCGGGAGGAGGCGGAGGCGGUGGAGGAGCCGCAGGGGCCCGCCGAGGCGGCGGCGGCAAGAUGGCGGACUUCCUGCCGUCGCGGUCCGUGCUGUCCGUGUGCUUCCCGGGCUGCGUGCUGACGAGCGGCGAGGCCGAGCAGCAGCGCAAGUCCAAGGAGAUCGACAAAUGCCUGUCCCGGGAGAAGACCUACGUGAAGCGGCUCGUGAAGAUCCUGCUGCUGGGCGCGGGCGAGAGCGGCAAGUCCACCUUCCUGAAGCAGAUGCGGAUCAUCCACGGCCAGGACUUCGACCAGCGCGCGCGAGAGGAGUUCCGCCCCACCAUCUACAGCAACGUGAUCAAAGGUAUGAGGGUGCUGGUAGAUGCCCGAGAGAAACUUCAUAUUCCUUGGGGAGAUACUGAAAACCAGCUCCAUGGAGACAAGCUGAUGGCGUUUGACACUCGGGCCCCCAUGGCUGCCCAGGGACUGGUGGAAACGCGAGUGUUUUUGCAGUAUCUUCCUGCUAUAAGAGCCUUGUGGGCAGACAGUGGCAUACAGAAUGCCUACGACCGGCGUCGUGAAUUCCAGCUGGGUGAAUCUGUAAAAUAUUUCCUGGACAACUUGGAUAAACUUGGAGAAUCAGAUUACAUUCCAUCACAGCAAGACAUUUUGCUUGCCAGAAGGCCCACCAAAGGCAUCCAUGAAUAUGACUUUGAAAUUAAAAACGUCCCUUUCAAAAUGGUCGAUGUGGGUGGCCAGCGGUCAGAACGGAAACGUUGGUUUGAAUGCUUCGACAGUGUGACAUCCAUACUGUUCCUUGUUUCCUCAAGUGAAUUUGAUCAGGUGCUCAUGGAGGAUCGACUGACCAAUCGCCUUACCGAAUCUCUGAACAUUUUUGAAACAAUCGUCAAUAAUCGGGUCUUCAGCAAUGUCUCUAUAAUCCUCUUCUUAAACAAGACAGACUUGCUUGAGGAGAAAGUGCAAAUUGUGAGCAUCAAAGACUAUUUCUUAGAAUUUGAAGGGGAUCCACACUGCUUAAGAGACGUCCAAAAAUUCCUGGUGGAAUGUUUCCGAAGCAAACGCCGGGACCAGCAGCAGAAGCCCUUGUACCACCACUUCACCACUGCUAUCAACACGGAAAACAUCCGCCUGGUUUUCCGCGACGUGAAGGAUACCAUCCUUCAUGACAACCUCAAGCAGCUUAUGCUACAGUGACAUACACAAGACUUGCUGUGCUAGUACCUUUUUGUGUUCGAUGGUUUUCCAUUUGUGUCGUUUUUCUAAAUAGCAGUUUACAACAGGAAUUAGAAAACAAUCUUGAUUCUCUGUUUAAUAACUUCUUGGAAAUCCUCAUCCUUCUGCUGCCUUUGGUUUGUAGCUGAAAGCUGCUGAGUAAUGAACGCAUUGUUGUGUCUGCCAGAGUUCAAGUUUUGGCCAGUUUUCGUCAGGCGUCCACUCAAGUCCGGUUUUAAUUUCCUGGCCAACCUCAGACUAGGUGUGUUUCUUCUGUUUUUCAAAUUGAAUCCUGUAGUGCCAAGUGUAGACAGUGUAGGAAUGAGGCUAGGAAUGUUCAGUAAAAGUUCUCUACCUGCCUUACACAGAGAGGAACACACGCUGCCUAGCUUUGGAAUGACCGUGUAUGGAAGGGCUAUUGGAAAAGGUUUGACCUAAGAAAUGCUAGCCUAGAUAAUACAGGUUUAGCUCUGGUGUGUUUAUAAUUGCUUAUACACACAACAGCUCUUUUGUAAGUUUCUUUGCUUCCGGAAGGUAAUGUUCUUAGUGUUUUAAAGUUUACAUAAGGAUUUCUGGUCUGAUGCAAGUGAGUUCACAAAUGGUACCAAGGAGCAAAAAAGACGAGCAAAUGUUAUAUAUAAUAUCUUGAUCAAAAGUAAUGGGCAAAAUGCAACUUGCUUUCUUCAUGUUUAUUUAUCAUGUAAUUUAAUGUGCCAUAAGCAAAACAUUUGGGCCAUUGCACGACCUAAAACACGCAAGCACCUUGGUAGCAGAAGUAGACGUCCCUGUCCCGAAUGCCACGCAGCUCUUCCAGCUGACUGGAGGAGCUCCCUGCUGCAGCCCCUCCUUCCUCCGUGCUCCCGUCCCCUCCCAGGACCUCCACAAUGUGGCACUGAACAGAUUCUUUGUUUAUGUGGAGCUGGCCAAGGGCAGUAUUUUCCUGGCAGAUGACUCAAGAAGGCAUUGUUUGAGAUCCUUAUUCAUUCUUGGUGUGUCUCUAAAGAUAUACAGUAUGUACAUGUUUGUGCAAUUACUGUGUGUGAGAUGCCAGCUUUAUUGAGGUACACUGUAACUGUUUGGAGAAUGCUUCUAAGGAUAAAUAGUCAUUUUUUGUUGGUUUGUUCACACAUUUGACAUCCCCACUCCCCCACCCAGUACUUACCACAUUAAACUGUGCCUAUAACUUUAUGAUUUCAGAUACAGUUUGCAGUACUAAAACUGCUGUCUUGUAGGUUCAGUGUAGUGUUAGCAUUGGAGAUAUAUGUGUAAAAAGUUAGGAACCAUUUGCAAAGUGUGCCACUCUUUUGCUUUUCUUAAAAAUUCUGAUAAAGACUGUGAUAUCUGUCACUUUACUGUACAGCUGACUGUGUUCUCAGGUAUCUAUUGGCCCUUCAAAGAUUGGUCAACAUUGUGGACCACCCAGCUUUCCAAAUCAGUGGCUCUUGUUGCGUCUAGCUGUGAGAUUAAGGAGGUGAGCCUGUCGGUGCGUGAGCAGGGACUCGUUCUUGACGUGCUGACUCUUCUUGCAUCAAGGUUUUACUGUCACUGCUUCACACAUUGAGCCUCUCAACAUAUGCAGGUCUUCCUAGUAUAACUCCUGCAUGUCUCAGUAAUUCUACAUCUGUGUUUCUUGCCAAAAGAGUACAUUGUUUGCAUUGCAGGUUAACUUAGCUCUAGAACUAAUGAAUUUCAGGAUAUGUGCACAGUAACAUUUGGUUUGUCCCGUGUAAUUUAGCCAACAGUUUUAUUGGAUGACCAAAACUUGAAUACCAGUGAAGGCUGAAGAGGGGAUUCUUGGUAUUAUGGAGGCUGUUUGAUAAGAACCAUAAACAUUACCCCACAAAGCAGAAAUUACCAGAUUUCCCUGUUUUACUGUCACCAAAUAAUGUUAGUUAAAACACCAAAAAGACAAGGUAUUGUGUUGGCAUUUGCAGUUUUCUUCUGAUGUAUAUGUGAUGCCUCAGAAUCAGUGUGCUUUUAAAAUAAGACCCAGAAUGUAUUUUGAGGCAGUAAAUUGCUUCUGUGUUACUUAGGCAAACUUGUGUGGACAUCUGUAGAACUGUGAGGCUCAACAGAGGCUUUAGGCCACAUGUUUCUCUAGGCUGUAAUUUAAACUAUUCGAAUGGAGCCUGAUACCUAUGUGAUAAAAAACUAGGUCCUUUUGAAUUGAAAUACCACUAUGUGAAGAGGGAGGUGAAAUGUCGUGAACACAAUGAACAGGUGCUCAUAACAGUCCUAAACUAACUUCUCCCAAACCUCUAAAAGCCAAGUCAAGUCAGAUUUGAAAUUCUUUGCUGUGCUCAGUUUUCCAAAUCUUUGAUUAUGAUUUGGAAUAAAAUGUGCCUGAUUCUGUAUCACUUUCUGUUCUUAAGUCUGAAUGCCUCCUCAUUUAUUUAUAUGAGGAAAUAUCACACAAAGUGUCUUCAUUGACCUUCCAGGAAUUCACAGUAUACAGAGUUGCCUUAUAAAUCAAAGAACAACACAAAUUUAGACCUUAAUUUUUAUAGGAAAAAGGUUUUGUCAAUGUUCUCCAAAGAUCUAAAUAAUUCAAGACCUGUUUUGUUUCACAUAAAUAUUACCUUAAUAGCCUGAAUUUUUGCUUUCUGCCAAAUGUUCAAUUGAAGUCUUCAUUUCACUUUUAUUAUCUGGAAUGGGUGCUUGUUAUAGCCCAAGUGCCUCCACAGCCAAAGACAGUGUGGAAUGAGGAAGACAAUUUCUGUUUUCUGUCUUUUACCUAGUACUGAUGGGUACUUUACACUGAGAACACCCUCCAGUUCAUCUUGCUUGGGACUGUUGAGGGAAAUCCUUGUUCUGUUUGUGACUGUGGUUGGUUUGAAGCAGGAAGAAGAAAGCCUACCUUAAUACUACAGUGAUCACAAGUACUGGUUUAGAUUCAGCAAGAAAUGAUGUGCUCUAUAAUUACAUCUUCAGAUUCAGUGUAUUCACAGAUGCUUAUGUCUUAAGUUUUUGUUAAAAUGUGUUUUUCAGCAUUAGUAUAAAUAUCUGGUUAUGCCUUAUUUAUAUGAAGAAUAAAGCUACCAAGUUAGGCUGUUAUGCCCUUAAACUGAAAUCACUAUUUGAGAAACCCUCAAAUUGGUACUUUCAUUAUCUAAUGAUACAUUUAGACAAAACCCCACACAAGCCAUUGGACAGAAUGUAAUGAGAAGGCCAACUAUCAGUGUUAACUCUUAAUUUCUGUUUGGAUCCAUGAAAUCAUGCCUGUAAAAACCAGUCCAACCUUUGUAACAAGUUCCCUAAUAAAUCUAGAGAAAGCCACUCUGUUACCUUUUUGUUUCUUUUAGUUUUAUCUGAGGGAUAAAGAACAGAAACUUUGCACUUGUAUUUUUCACUGACUGAGUGAAAAUCGACUGAUAGCCCUGGUCACUGUCUCUUCCACUAUUCCAGCACCUUGUUCAACUGCACGGGUCACAGACAAUGCGUCUUUGUGUUGUGCUGCUUGACUAAUAGUACUGAUUUUCUGUUUUUUAGGGCUUGGACACAGAUUGACCUUUCAGUUGAGUAGACAGGAGGAGGGCAGAUUACAAAGUGGUGUGUUCCAAAUCAAGCCAAUGAUGCAGUCCAUGCCCAUUUUAUGGUACGAGGUUAGGGCUUAAUAAAUGUAAACUAGAGUGCAGUAUAAGUCUAAACCUGAGCAUUUUAAACCAAUUAUUGUUGGCUCUCUCAAAUGCUGUUAAGUAGUUAUUAGCCUCAGGCAGCAGGUGAUUAUUAGCACCUUUGAAGUACAGUGUUUGUACUGCUAACAUUCUUAUGCCUGUACACGAAUGUAGAGUCAGCACUUACAUUACUACAUCCACCUUGUGGCAUUUCAGACUAACUGGUUUCAAAUGCCAGAGCUUAUACGGAACAUUGUUGGGUCAUUGUUUUGUUUAACACAGCGUCUUGAAUUCACAAUCCUCCAGCCUCAGCCUCCAGAGUGCCAGGAUUAUAGGCAUACCCCACCACAUCUGGCUGGAAAGUUGUGUUGUUGUUUUUUUAAUAGUAAUAAUAUAGCAGCAUUUUCUGGUUUGGUUAGAAGUCUUUGUGUCCUAUACAGAUCUACUGUUAAUAGUGAUGCAAAUUUACAGAUGGCUUGAAAUCUGCUGGAAUCAAUGAGUGUCCAGGUUGUUGUAAUAAACUACUUGGAAUGUGAUUUGUUUGUAUGUACAAAGUUUGUUAUGGUAAGUGAUGACUUUGUCCUCAGUCAUGCCUGUUUGAUGGUACCAGGAAUAAAGGGGAGGGAGGGAAAAGGGGUUGUUACAGGUGUACUCGCACAACAGACUAUGCCAUUUCCCCUUUCUUUGCCUCUUACUUGAAAGCAGAAUCGCAAAAUGUUCUAAAUGGCUUUUCUCUAUUCCUCACUCUCCUGGGUGAGAGUUCAUCUGCCACAAGAAGCCUUAUCAAAAGUCUUUUGUAACAACCUCCUAGAUACUGUACCUAACAAAACAUGAUUUGUAUUAGUUCCGUGUAAAAGUAUUUGUGGCUUAGGAUUUUUUUACAUAUAUUCUUUUAUAACCUCUAGGAACUAAGCACAUUAUCUGAUAUUGUUGUAAAUUUUUUUUUUUUUGGUCAGUGCUUUAGUUCAGGUUUAGCAAUAAAUUAUUUCUAAAGGAGGUAUAGGAGUAGAAAGAAUGGUUUGAUUUAUGAAAUGAGUUGCUGUUCACUAAGGCUUUUACUUUUGUACAUAUUUUGCCAAAAAAAAGUCUCUUGCUCUUAAUAUUUGCUUUGUAAAAAUUACUGACAUUUAAUAAACAUUUAUAAAUGA